UGCACCUCCAAUCGUCUCACCGCGCCGAUCACCACUGUCUCGUGCCCAACUUCCACCCCGAUUCGCCUGUCGCUACCCUCAAUCCGCGAUGGCGCACGAUGGCCAGACAUCAAUCAACAUCCCUCAACUCCUCGCAGUCGCAGUGGUUGGCUUUCUCGCCAUCCGAUGGUUUAUGAGCAAACCCAACGGUCCCGGAUCCGGCGCUACAUCUAGUCCAUCCGCACGGCGCAACGAAGUCGACAUCAACAAAGUCAAUCAAGUCUCCGCCGUCUUUCCACAACUCGACCGAAGAAGCAUAGCGUGGGACCUCCAACGGAACGGCGGCAAUGUCGGUGCGACGACAGAACGAGUACUAGGAGGAAGAGGAUUAGAAACACCACCACCUUCGUUCCAGCCAAACCUCCCAUCACCAGCAGAAGCACAAAGUAGUGCAUCAGGCGGCCCUAAGAGACCGACAGCCACACAACCAGAUCUGAUCACGAGGUAUAAUCUACAGUCAAGGGUAAAUGGGAAGGGGAAGGAGCCUGUGCCUAGUGAGGAGCAGAAGCGGAAUGCAUGGAGUUCGGAUAAGAAUGCUCGUGCGGAGGCUUUGAAGAAGCGGAGGGAGGAGAUGGUGCUGGCAGCACGGAGGAAGAUGCAAGAGAAGGAGGCAUAG